AUGAGACUAUUAACGGGUACUUGGCUCGCCCUGAUCCUGGCGCUGGGAGUGUCAGUUUCGUUGGUCCGAUCACAGGGCACGAAAUACGGGCUGUGGACUCCGGAUCGCGCCCACUCUGACGCCCAGCCCAUCCAGUGGACGGGCGGUCAGUUCGAGUUCCCCUGCGCCAGCACCAAGUCGCUCUUCAAGAGCUCCGGCAAGUUUAUACCCAAGAACGUGAUCGCCACCAGGGCCCAGCUGAUCGGGGACACCAUCUACCUGGCCCUGCCCCGCUACAGGAAGGGCGUUCCGGCCACUCUGGUGAAGACCAACGUGAAGCCAGGCACCUGCUCCACCACCUUCAAGCCGUACCCCUGCUGGGACCUGCAGGAGGAGGGCAACUGCAAGGCGCUCCAGUCGGUGGUGGACCUGGUGGUGGAUCAGAACGAGGUGCUCUGGGUUCUGGACACGGGCAUAGUCAACACCCUGGAGACCCCUGUUCGCAAGUGCCCCCCCAAAGUGGUGGCCAUGUCCGUCAAAACUGGCAAGGUGCUGAAGACCGUGUCCCUGGAGGGCCUGACCUCGAGCAGUUCCCGUCUGCAGUACCUCGUGGUGGAUUACGCCCCCGAUGGCGGCUGCUUCGUUUACGUCAGUGAUGCCGCUAACCGGGCCAUCAUCGUCUACAAUCUGCAGGCUGACCGCGGGUUCAGGGUGGUGCUGCCAAAGGCCGUCACCGCUGGCUGCCGCUCCCGGGACGUCCUCUACAUAGCCCUGAUCCGUCGCGACUGCGGCUCCACCGAGCUCUACUUCACCUACCUCAGCACCAGCAAGCUCUUCUCCCUGAAGUCCGAGUACCUGCGCAGCGGAGUUGCCGAUGGACGAAUUCUGGAUCUCGGCAAGAAGCCCAGCCGUAUGGUCAUUAUCGGAACGGACAAUGGCUCGGCGAUUUUCUUCCGGAACGAGGGCGACGCAGAGGUGUAUCGGUGGGACACGAACUCCACGUUCGCGGAGACUAACUUUAAGCCGGUUUACCGCAGCCAAACCUGUCAGCUGGUCACCCAUGCAGUGCCCGACUACAAACGGAAUACGAUGCGAGUGCUGCAGAGCAAUUUCCCGGAUUACAUGCAAAACCGUGUCGGGUGCGGGGCCAUCCAGCAAUUGGGUCUGAUGCAGGGCUGCUGGUAA